AUGAAGGUGUCCAAGGCCCCCAAGUCGGUCCCCCACAAGGACCAUUACGCCCGCAUUUCGUAUCUCUUCCAGGCGUCGAGUCACCUAGCCUUGAAUCCGCAGUACGAUGUCUUAUCUCGGCACUACGCCCGGACCUUGGACUUGGUGGCAAAGAAAACGGUGUUGAAGUUGACUCCAGCCCUCAAAAGACAGCUCUGCAAGAAGUGCAACACGUUUUUGAUCCCUGGGCUCACUGUCAAAAUACACAUCGAGAACCUAUCCAAGGCAAAAAGCCUGCGGAAUGACGUCUUGGUCAAUGAGUGCCUUGAGUGUGGCGAGAAGAAGAGGUUCCCAGUGGGACAGCAGAGAGACUAUGUCUUGUUCAGCGAGAAGGAGGAUGUCAAAAUCCCCGCCCUUUAG